AUGGAGUUGGGCCACAUCGUUUUCGCCGUAAUAGGCUUCUCCACCUCCUUCUUAUUUUGCGUGCCCAACAUCAAGAGAUGGCAGCGGAAACAACUCGCCACAGAAAAACUAAAAAUCGUUAGCGAGGCGUUGGAAGCGGCGGAGGAAAGAGCAGUGAGAUUCCAAGAACGACACGACAGAAUUUUAAGCCAAAUAUGCGCCACUUACUUGACGAAUGCAGAGCUUCUUGAAGCAAUAACGGGUGCUCGAGCCACCAUGAACCAGGCGUUGGACUUUGCUCUUGAAUUGAGGAAAAUUCAGUUUCGAAUCAUCACUUCUUUCCCCGAUACGAUCGACGUUCUCUUGGAUUUGGAUGCCUCAAAACACACGCGAACAAAUGCAUUCAGCUAG